AGCGUCAAACGAUGGGAAGAGACCGUGGCCGCGGAGAAGGUAGAGAUGGACAAGUGCAAGAAACAAGAGAAAAAAAUCAAAGAGGAAAUGGAACAAGAAGAACAUCGAAAGGCUGAACUGGAAGGUCGUAUUGGUGAGCUAAAGUCUCGGGCUGAAGCGUUAGACACUGAACUGGCCGAAGUUCGUCGCCGAUUGGCGGGCAAACAACGAGAUUUACAGAAGCUACAGAAAGAAAUCAAUCAAGCUGAGGCGCGUCUCGAGUCCAGGCGAGCCGAACGUCACUCGUUGCUUCAAUCAGCCAAGGUAGUCUUGCAUGCGCAAAAUUGA